AUGGUCCGACCUCGGCAUCCAUCCACUUCAAUCGGCGACACAGCCUGGCUGCUGGAGAGCGCCAGCGAUCACCUGGCGCCUCCGGCCAGCCACGAGUCGGACCCGCUCGCAGCAGGGGCUGGAGAUGGCGAACAGAUUGACGAAGACUCGGCCGCGCGGCUCACCGGCCGACAGAAGCGCAUCCUCGGCGGUCUGUCCCUGGGCGGUCUGCUGGCCGGCUGCUGCAUCGCCAUCAUGAUCCCGUUCUUCCCGCACGAGGCGCAACGGCGCGGCCUGCCACAGACCUACUCGGGUGCCGUGUUCAGUUGCUACGCGCUGGCGCAGCUGCUGGCGUUUCCAGUGAUGGGUCGACUGGCGCCUCGGGUCGGUGUUUCAAGACUCUAUAACGUCGGUCUGGCGACAGCAGGAGUGACGACUACUGUGUUUGGAACACUACCACACAUCCAGGACUCGAUGGCGUUCAUCGGCGCUUGUUUCGCGUGUCGUGCUCUGGAGGCGGUCGGCACAGCAGCCAUGCACACCGCCGCUAGAGCCAUCAUCAUCAACCAGUUCCCACGGAGCCCGAACACGGCUAUGAGUAUCUCGGAGACCCUGGCCGGUCUGGGUCUGUCGCUGGGGCCGGCGCUCGGCGGCGGCCUGUAUCAGCUGGGCGGCUACGGCACGCCGUUCUACACCCUGGGAGGUCUGAUGCUCGUCUCCUCUGCCACCAACCUGUGGCUGAUGCCCGCCGCAGAGAACUGGCUCUGCUGCUCCGUGGUGCUGGUGGUGGCGAUGUACGUCACCGCACUCGACCCCAACAUCGAGCCGUACGUACGCGUCGCGCUGGGUGUCACGCCGGCCGAGCUGGGCCUGUUCUUCCUGGUCUCUGCCGGCUGCUACACGGCCGCCAGCCUGGUCUGGGGCCGCCUCUCCGACAACAUCUCCAACACGUACGUGCUGACGGCGCCGUGCCUGCUGGUGGGCGCCGUCGGCAUCCUGUUGAUCCCGCCGUCGCCGCUGCUGGUCGGCCUGCAGCCCGUCUGGUGGCUCACCAUGCUCGGUAUGGUGGUGAGGGAGAUGACCACGGGUGGCGCGUUCAUCCCCAUCAUGCACAGGAUGGUGCGAGUGUGUGUCGCUCACGGCAUGGAGAACAACCUGUCCACGCAGGCGUUCGUGUCGGCCGUCUUCGGCGCCGUGUUCUCCAUCGGUAACGUGGUCGGCCCGACGCUGGGAGGCUACAUCACUGAUCUGUACGGCUUCCCGGUGGCUGCCACCGGCCUAGCUGGAUUCGGCGUGCUCGUGGCGAUCGCCUGUGUUGUAGGGGCAGUGGUGACGCGCGACUCCUUGCCCAAGUGA